UCAUCCUUAUCCACCACCAUCGAGCACCCAGAAACUCAACGAAAUGGUCAAAGUAGCUGUGCUUGGCGCUGCGGGCGGUAUCGGCCAACCCUUGUCGCUGUUGUUGAAAACGAAUCCUUCAGUCACUGGGCUGGGUCUUUAUGAUAUCGUCAACACUCCUGGCGUAGCCGCCGAUCUGUCUCAUAUCGCAACCCCGGCCAAAGUCGAAGGUUACCUACAACCCAACGGUGGUUUGGCGAAGGCUCUGACUGGCGCUGAGGUUGUAAUCAUCCCUGCUGGUGUUCCUCGUAAACCUGGUAUGACAAGAGAUGAUCUUUUUAAGAUCAACGCUGGAAUCGUUCGUGGCUUGGCUGAAGGCGUUGCGGAUACCUGCCCGAAGGCAUUCGUGCUCGUUAUCUCUAAUCCGGUUAACUCCACCGUUCCCAUUGUGGCAGAAGUUCUGAAAGCAAAGGGACAUUACGACCCCAAGAGAUUGUUCGGUGUUACAACGCUAGAUGUUGUCCGAGCGUCAACAUUUGUUGCUGAACUAUUGAAAGAUCCUUCAGCAGCGUCUUCUGUAGUCGUUCCAGUAGUUGGAGGUCACUCUGGAGUAACGAUUGUUCCUCUACUCUCACAAUCCAGUCAUCCCCUUCCCAGUGGAGUUGACCUCGAUGCACUUGUUCACCGUAUUCAAUUCGGAGGAGAUGAGGUUGUCAAGGCCAAGGAUGGUGCAGGAUCUGCCACUUUGUCAAUGGCGUACGCAGGAUACGAAUUCGCGUGCAAAGUGAUCAAAGCGAUCAACGGUGAGAAGGGAAUAGUUGCCCCAUCUUAUGUCAGUCUCGCAGCGGACUCGGCUGGGGGAGAAGCCUUGGCCAAUGAACUCGGGACAUCCCUCGAGUUCUUCUCCGCCAGGGUCGAACUCGACGCUCAAGGUGUUGCUAAAAUCCACACUCUCGGAAAUAUUAAUGAGUCUGAGAAGAAGCUCGUUGCCGCUGCGAUCCCUGAACUCAAGACUAACAUCACCACUGGUCACGACUUCAUCCAGAAACCCUCUCUCUAAGAUAGGCAUCGACUUUUUUUUGCGAACAUUGUCAUACCUAAGUUGAAGAAGACGCUACACAACACAGAAUUACUGUAUUCUUACUCCGUAGAAGGUGGGAAUGUAGAUUUGUUUGAUCGGGGUUGACACCUUUAUAUAAAGGGUGUAAGGUCGUCGUGCACUUAUCCUUGCCGAUACUGAAACGACUCUGAACGCGCUUCUUCACUUUCCUCAGAAAUAUAAAUAUUGGGC